UGUACUAGAAAUGCUAUGAAAUAAGGAAAUGACUGUAUGAAAAGGGAAAGAAAAGAGGUGGUGAAAUGAAGAAAAAAGGGUAAGAGGUAGCUUUCCAAAGCCAGUGGAAGUAACAAGCUCUUUUGCAAGCCAAGAGAUGGCUUCCCAAUCAACAUCGACACCUGAUGAUUUCAAUAUAUUUUAUUCUUUGCACUUCCUAUCGCAACCCACACGCCCUCACAGUUCUGAAACUGUGCACCUGGAGCAUUCGAAGCAUUCUAGUGAGGAAUCCAACGACGAGACAAGCCAACCGUACCAAGGACUCACUGGUCUGCGUAACUUGGGCAACACUUGCUACCUGAAUGCAGUUUUGCAGUGCCUCUGCAGUAUAUCCCCAUUGGUGGAGUAUUUUCUCUCAGGGAAGUAUGUAACUGCCCUACGCAAGGAAAAUGGUGAGGUUGCUACCGCCUUUGCCUAUUUGAUGGCCGAUAUGUGGCUGGGAGAGUUUGAGUGCAUCUCACCAGAGGUGUUUCGUUCAGUCAUUGGUGACUUAUGCCCGGCUUUUACCAAGAAGACUCAGCAGGACGCCCAGGAGUUUCUGAUUUAUGUACUGAACGAAUUACAUGAGGCUCUUAAGAAGUCAUACAAAAGGAGAUGCUAUGGGAACACAUCCACUUCUAGGGAAGAUGGGGGAACUGGCAGUGAAACAUCAAUCAUCACCCAGCUCUUUGAGGGGCAGCUCAGUUAUGACAUUACAUGCCUGGCGUGUCAGACCACCACAGAUAAGAACGAGGUCUUUACAGUUCUCUCUGUUCCCAUCCCUUCUGAGAGUACAUGCUCUCUACAGGACUGUCUUGAAUGUUUCUUUCAACAAGACACACUGACCUGGAACAAUCAAAUUCAUUGCUCCUUCUGUGGAACUAAGCAAGAUGCUGCAGUAAAGGCCAACAUAGGCAAGGCGCCAAAGAUGGUUAUUUUUCACUUAAAGAGGUUUGACUAUCAAGGCAGCUACAAAAGGAAACUGGGGACUAACAUCUACUAUCCACUAACCAACUUGGAUCUUUCGCCUUAUAUUUAUCCACUCUUUCGGAAGAAUCCAAAAUACAACUUGUGUGCUGUGGUGAACCAUUUUGGUUAUCUGGAUGGUGGCCAUUAUACGGCAUUCUGCAAGCACACGCUCACCCAGAACUGGUACAGCUUCGAUGAUGCACAGGUCAGCGAGAUUCCACAAUCCUCAGUGCAGUCUGCUGCAGCUUAUCUCCUAUUCUACAGCUGUAAAGCCUUCUCUGUACCUACCAAAACCCAUAAGUACUAGGAAAAUGUCUCUGUGAGAACAGUCCAAUUAUUAGAAUUCACGGACAAUGGUAACUAAGUCCCAUUUUGCCAUUAAACUAGUGCAUCUGCA